AUGCAGAAGCACGUUACCCGUAUGGGGCGCCAGCUCAAGGACCCCACGGUGAAGACCACUUGGAAGACGUACCCCGAGGUCAUGCGCAGGGUGGAGGAUGUUGUAGCCAGUAUGGCACCCACGCGACGCUACAGAGACAAGUUCGGGCCACAGCAGCAGCACGGCGUGGUGGAGCCCAAGAAAUCCAACGUGGCGACGUUGGAGACGGCACACGACAGCCCGGAACAGCCCGCGACGUCUCUGCAGCGCCAGCAGCAGGCGGCGAUAAAGUCCCACAAAUCCACACUGGCGGCGGCGGUACCGGCGCACGCCAACCCAGAGCAGCCCGCAACGGCACAUCAGCGCAAGCAGCAAGGGGCGGUGGAGCCCAAGAUGUCUUUCAUAACGCGUCUCGCCCUUCGCUCUGACGCGUCCACGGCGGAGCACAUGUCCGCUCCUGCGAUGGUUUUGUUCUUCUUCGCAUGCCAGGGGUUCGGGCCCCGGGGGGAAGCGGGGGAACGGCAGGCGACGACGGAGCCCGGCCCCGAAGACCGACUGGCGCCUGUAGGUCCCUCCCUCUUGGGGGCCCAGGUAGCGCCAGCCGUUGCUCCUGUCGGGCAGGGGAGCGGCCUGGUCGACCUGCUCGGCGAGCACCACCGGUACUCGGGCCGCGGAGCCGUGCCGCCGGCGCAGUAA